UCACUGUUGGAGCGUAAACGGUGGUCGAGGGGGCCAGAAUCCAUACAUUGAAGGAUUUUUAACACGCUUGGACAAAAUGGAAACAUACCUGUCCCAAAGGUCGUGACGUUUGAGAAGGAGAUUACCACGCCGAGGCUUAAAAAAAGCGACAAAAAUAUGCGUAAAACGGAUAGUUCCUCAGGUUUUCCAAAAUCCCUCAUCGCAACGGAUAUCAGCAGAAACAACAUCCAUGUUACUGACUGCUACGGUUAGAAAGGAUGCUUUUUCAGCUGAAACCGGCUCUAUUUAGCGUUUUCCUCCGUGGCAUAUUAACGUUUAAUCACUAAAAGCUGAAGUUUUAAAAGCUCUAAAUCCCACCAGCAGUGUAUUUGGGAAGCCAGCUGAAUGUUUACGCUUUAAAAUGGCUGCGGAGGGUCUGUGGGAUCAGAGUAAACCCGUUCAAUAAUAUUAUGCUUUAACGCUGGAAAUAUCUCGCUUGAGUUAUGGUAUUGGUUUUGGGAGGAAAGCCUUUUUUCAAUGUUAUGGUGACUUAUUUUCCAGACCUGUAACUGCAGGAGGUAACGUUGGAAAUUCCUACCCUUGUUCCGAAACACAAUGAGGCGAGAGAGCUGAUUUAAUAUGACUGUGUUUAUGCUGAUUUUCUCACAUCACACUCGGAUCUGGGGUUUUUCCAUUAAACGAUCGCCUAGAUUUUAGGAUUGAAGGGGCGAUCGCUGAUAUUUAAGCAAUAUUCAUGAUCUGGAAGUGAAUGGAUCUCCCCUGCUGGUUAUAAUUAAAACAAGCUGGCCAUCAGAAGGCAGGGAAGAAAGGCCCCAAGAUAUUGAUACCCAAUCUACCAGCAGCAACAGCAUCUCCAAAGACAUGGAUGGAGGGAAGAGGAUACUCAGACCUGAGCUGUUUCUGGGCAUGCACAGAUGUUUAUGGCUGUGUGUUAUUUUCUCCCUGGUGCUGUUAUCAGACGGCUCUCCAUCUAAACCGUGCGAGAAGAGCUGUCUGUCCGGCAGGUGUGUGAACGGAUCCUGUGUCUGUGAUCGUGGAUGGGUUGGGGACCAGUGUCAACACUGCCAGGGAAGAUUUAAGUUGACUGAACCGUCUGGGUACCUAACAGAUGGCCCCAUCAACUACAAAUACAAAACUAAGUGCACCUGGCUGAUUGAAGGCUACCCAAAUGCAGUCCUGAGGUUACGGUUUAACCAUUUUGCAACUGAAUGUAGCUGGGACCACAUGUAUGUCUAUGACGGAGACUCUAUUUAUGCUCCCUUAGUAGCUGUGUUCAGUGGUCUCAUUGUCCCCGAAGUGAAAGGUAAUGAGACGGUCCCUGAAGUGGAGACCAACUCAGGCUACGCACUCCUGCACUUUUUUAGCGACGCUGCCUACAACCUGACGGGAUUUGAAAUAUUCUACUCGAUCAACUCAUGUCCAAAUAACUGCUCGGGCCACGGGAAGUGCACAUCGGGAAACUCAAUAGCGAGCCGUGUGUAUUGUGAGUGCGAUAAGUACUGGAAGGGCGAGGCCUGCGACAUACCGUACUGCAGAAACAACUGUGGCAGCCCUGAUCAUGGUUACUGCGACCUCACAGGGGAAAAGCUGUGUGUGUGCAAUGACAGCUGGCAAGGUCCAGACUGCUCGUUAACAGUCCCCUCCACAGAGUCUUACUGGAUCAUGCCUACAGUGAAACCUUUUGGAGCAUCACUUGGUAGAGCAUCCCAUAAGGCAGUGGUACAAGAAAAGGUCAUGUGGGUUGUCGGUGGCUACACAUUUAACUACAGCAACUUUCAGAUGGUUCUAAAUUAUAAUCUUGAAAGUGGCAUCUGGAACACUGUACCCAUCAGUAGCGGACCCCUGCCGAGAUACGGCCACUCCUUGGCAAUAUAUCGGGAUGAAAUCUAUAUGUUUGGAGGCAAGUUGGAGAUGGGUUUCAGUAAUGUAACAGAUGAGCUGUGGGUCUUCAACAUACCCAGAAUGACGUGGUCACAGAAGUCUCCAAGUGUUCCAGCUCAUGGGCAGAUCUACGCUGUUGAGGGCCACUCGGCCCACAUAGCAGAGAUGGAUAAUGGGGAUGUGGUUAUGGUGGUCAUCUUCGGCUACUCCUCCAUCUACAGCUACAUCAGCAAUGUCCAGGAGUACUACAUGCGAACAAACACAUGGCUGGUGCCAGAUACCAAAGGAGCGAUCGCUCAGGGUGGGUACGGCCACAGCAGUGUGUUCGACAGCGGCAGCAAAAGUGUGUAUGUCCACGGGGGCUAUAAAUCUCUCCCUGCAAACAAAUACGGCCUUGUGGAUGAUUUAUACCGCUAUGAGGUUCAGACCCGCACCUGGACGAUUCUGAGGGAGAGCGGUUACCCACGUUACUUGCACUCAUCUGUGCUGUUAGGAGGAACUCUGCUCAUCUUUGGAGGAAAUACCCAUAAUGACACGUCUCUUAGCAAUGGAGCCAAGUGCUUCUCUGCUGACUUCAUUGCCUAUGACAUUGCGUGUGAUGAGUGGAAGGUCCUCCCUAAACCUAAUUUGCACAGAGAUGUCAACCGCUUUGGGCAUACUGCAGUCACCAGUAACGGGUCUAUGUAUGUGUUUGGUGGUUUUUUCAGCUUGCUUCUGAAUGACGUGCUCAUCUACAGGCCACCCAACUGUGAGGCCUUCGUGAGGCAGGAGCGCUGCGAGGCUGCAGGCCCUGGCGUGCGCUGUGUUUGGAAAGGGACCCGUUGCAUCUCCUGGGAGCUCAGCUUCACUAACAGCUCUACACCUGCUCCAUUCUGCCCUGCCAAAGCUGCCACAGUAGAUGAGAGAUGUUACCGCUUUUCUGACUGCACCAGUUGUACAGCCAACACAAAUGGAUGUCAAUGGUGUGACAGCAAGAAAUGCAUCUCAGCUCUCAGUAACUGCACUGCUACUGUGAAGAAUUUCACCAAAUGUCCAAUCAGGAAUGAGCAGAUUUGCAGUAAAAUGGCCAAUUGCAAGAGCUGCUCCCUCAACCUGAGCUGCCAGUGGGAUCCUCAACAGCAGGAAUGCCACAACCUCCCUGCCCAGCUGUGUGGAGAUGGUUGGAGCAAUGUUGGGGAGGCCUGCCUGCAGAUCAAUUCCAGCAAGGAGAGCUAUGACAAUGCUCAGCACUACUGCAAGAACCUGGAGGGCAACAUUGCUUCACUUACCACAGCCAAGCAAGUGGACUUUAUUCUGGAGGAACUGCAAAAGUACCAGCAGAAGGGGAAGAAACUGUCCCCAUGGGUGGGCCUGAGGAAGAUCAACGUGUCAUACUGGGGGUGGGAGGACACGUCUCCAUUCACUAACACCACUCUGCAGUGGUUGCCCGAUGAGCCCAAUGACUCGGGCUUCUGUGCUUACCUGGAGAGAGCUCAGGUCUCUGGCCUCAAGGCCAAUCCCUGCACCGCCAACACAGACGGCCUCAUUUGUGAGAAACCAGUCGUGAGCCCGAACCAAAACGCCCGCCCAUGUAAGAUGCCCUGCUCCCUGCGCACCACCUGUGAGAACUGCACCAGCCAGGCCAUGGAGUGCAUGUGGUGUGGAAGCACGAAGCGUUGUGUGGACUCCAAUGCCUACGUCAUUUCCUUCCCCUAUGGCCAGUGCCUGGAGUGGCAGACAGGAGAAUGUCUGUCUCAGAACUGCUCUGGUUUGCGUACAUGUGGUCAGUGUUUGGAACAGCCUGACUGUGGCUGGUGUGGGGACCCCAGUAACACAGGCCGAGGACAGUGUAUGGAGGGCUCGUAUCGUGGACCCAUGAAGAGACCUUCCAAACACAGCCAAGACAUGGUUCUGGAGGCAGCACUCUGCCCAAAAGAACGUGGCUUUGAGUGGGCCUUCAUCCAAUGUCCUGCAUGCCAGUGCAACGGCCACAGCACUUGUGUGAACGGCAGCAUGUGCGAGCAGUGCCGUAACCUCACCACUGGUCCUCACUGUGACACGUGCUUGGCUGGUUACCAUGGAGACCCAACCAAUGGCGGAAAGUGCCAAGCCUGUAAAUGUAAUGGCCAUGCCAACUUGUGCCAGGUGCUGACGGGCAAAUGCUUUUGCACCACCAAGGGUAUCAAAGGCGACCAGUGCCAACUUUGUGACUCAGAAAACCGUUACCUUGGCAACCCCCUCAGAGGAACCUGUUACUAUAACCUUCUGAUUGAUUACCAGUUCACCUUCAGUCUGCUUCAAGAAGAUGACCAACACUACACUGCCAUUAACUUCAUGGCCACACCUGAACAGACCAGUAAGAACUUGGACAUGUCCAUCAAUGCAUCAAACAACUUCAAUCUGAACAUCACUUGGUCCAUUGGGUCAACAGCUGGAACCAUUUCCGGGGAAGAGAUCCCCAUUGUGUCAAAGACCAACAUCAAAGAGUACAGACACAGUUUCUCUUGUGAGAAAUUCAAUUUCCACAGUAACCCCAACAUCACCUUCUAUGUAUAUGUCAGCAACUUCUCAUGGCCAAUCAAAAUACAGAUCGCCUUCUCUCAGCACAACAGCAUCAUGGACCUGGUGCAAUUUUUUGUGACCUUUUUCAGCUGUUUUCUGUCUCUGUUGCUGGUAGCUGCAGUGGUGUGGAAGAUCAAACAGACCUGCUGGGCCUCCAGACGACGAGAGCAACUGAUGAGGGAAAGACAGCAGAUGGCCAGUCGCCCUUUUGCCUCGGUCGCGGUGACACUGGAUGUGGGUGGCCCACAACUAGAACAGCUUCAGGGAGGAAUCGAGGGACCUCCCAAACCAGUUGCUGUUGAACCCUGUUCGGGUGGGAAAGCAGCAGUGCUCACAGUGCUAAUGUGCCUCCCACAAGGGGCAUCUGGUAUUCCUCCACCCGGCCAGUCAGGUAUAGCUAUCGCCAGCGCUCUUAUCGACACGUCCCAGCAGAAGCCCAUGGACUUCAAAGAGAAGAGCCAAGGAUUGAAGAACCGCAAAGCUCUGCCUCCUGCUCACCAGGGCACCUGUGUGUAAAAAAACAUUGACGGUCUCGGUUGGCUGUCCUUUACCUGAGUGACCUCCUCUCUUGUGCUGCAGCAGGGAAACGGCAGCCUAUGUAUCAAAGAGAGGCCCCAUUUUAGGGGAUUAUUUCGGUGACAGAGUGCCCUCUAUUUCACUCCUUAUACACUUUCUCUCCAUGUCUAUUUACCAUAAUAAAUAGACCUCGCCACCACCUGUACCAGCUCAAGCCUCACUCGACAUUUUCCUUCUGCUUUUCUCCCAGUUCGACUCUAUCCAAACCAAUCCACAAGCCUGCUACACUACUCGAUCUUCUUCAUAUCGCCUUCAACUCUGGUCACCGUAUAACCUUUUGCCCCACAUUUCAGUCAUUUCUAGCCAUCAGAAUGUUGGUCACCUCUAACAACCCUCAAUUGUAUCAAGAGGGCCUCUGCAAUGGAUGUCUCCCAUGUGUAACAUCAUCAGUGAAGAAACUAGGAUUCUGGGAUGUCUGCUAGACCAGUUUUUCUCACAGGAAGGAAUCUUCUUAUGGUUAUCUUGGGACAGUCGCAGGUUUUGUGUACGGGUCGAAAAGCUCUCCUUUUUGAAUGCUUGCCAACAAUUUUUUUGCUCAUAAGUAGGUUUAUAAUCAAUAUCAGAUUUUUAGAUAUUUUGACAUUUUAUUUAAAAGAGACAAAAUAUAGAUAUGUUUACCAUAGAUAGCGUUAAAGCUAUCUGUUGCAUAUGCUAAUGAAGUUCUGCUGCUGGUAACCUCAUGCUAGGUAAACAAAGGUUAGGACUGGAUAAAAUCUUUCUCAGAUUUCAUCUUUGCAUGGACCACACAGACUAUGCUUGAAAACUUUAAAUAUCUUGUGGGUUAAAUGUCAAAGAGUCUCUCCAUAUAGUUAAGUGUGAGGUUUGGUGUGCACAAACAGUCCACACCAUUAGUGUAACACACUAUAGUAUAGAGGACUCAAAAGGGGCCAACUGGUGGAAUGAAACCAAGUGUCAGUCUUAAAUCACAAAGAAAAAUUAGGCUUAAGGUGAUGAGGGACUGAAUCGUGCCUCACUGACCUUACAAACUUUGAGAAUUUAAGCUUGUAGUUGCAUACCAGAGGGCCACAUCCAAGCUGAUGUGUAGUCAUUAAUUAAAAAUGCUAGGGUACUCUAGCUGUUGUUAAUCUUUUUUUAUUGUAAUUUUGCAUUGUAAUUGCAGGUUUAAAUGAGCAAUGUCUCAUAACGAUGCAGUAAUGCUUAAUCUCUUUGUAAUUCACUUUUUUACUCUUUAAGUUUCACAUAUUGUGAAUGUCUGAAGAAAAAGCUGAUGAUUUUGAGGAGAUCGGCAGCUGAGAGUAUGCAGUUAUAUACCGUUUAUACACUCAAUGACUGUUUCCUCAGACAAUGGGAUGUCCGGAUUCACCCUACAAUGAGAAAGACCCUUCGCUUUAAUUAGCCCAACAGACGAGUCCCCAAUGAGUGAAACGGAAAGUCCAGGAAGUCUGUGUGUUCCUGCCUAUCCUAUUUCUAUGGCAACAACAAGAAAGUGUACAGCAUUCUAAUCUUCACACAUUUGCUUAAGAUGGACCUGAACAUGUGAAUCUAAUGUGAAUUGCCCUUUUUCUCUUCAUGUAGCUACUUUUUGUUUGUAUACAUUGCUGGUUUUAAUAAAGGAUAUUAAAAGAUCAGUAGUUAUUUUAGGGCCACCCACUGUACAUGACGGUGAUAAGUAAUCAUGUCUUUAACAAUGUUUGUGUAAAAAAGAAAUGAUGAAUUGUUUUUGUAACUAAUUGAUUCCUGUGUAAUACCUCUGUUGUUCUUAGGUCACUCGUGUACAGUAACUUAACUCAUAUAGGUCAACUCACUCUUGUUAAUGUCUGUUUUUAUGGCUGGAUGUGGCAAGCUUUUUUUUUGAGAGGUUGUCAUGCACGGGAAUUGUACAGACUGGUUACACGGGAAUCAUCUCACUGUAACUGAGAAAAAACAGAUUCAUUCAUCUCUCAGUGCUUAUCAUUAAUCUCCAUUGUAUUUUAAAGAUGAAUGGAAAAAUAAAACAUUGAUCUUCCAAAUAAUGUAAACAUGAAGAGCUCGUUUUGGGGUUUCACUAGGUUUCAUUACUCUCAACGAACACUGUACAAAGGGAUACUUCACACUAUAAUGAAAUUCCUGUCAUUAUUUAGUAAAUGAUGAGAGAAUUUUCAAUUUUGCAUGAACUAUCACUUUAAUUGGAACACAAAGGACAUGUUAGGCAUUUACUUUAAUAGCACCUUUUUUCCAUACAUUUAUGGGGAUGGUGAAUGUACAUCUCAUUUUGUGUUCCAUGGAAGUAAUUCAUACAGAUAUUGAUCAACAUGGGGGUGAGUAAACAAUGAAAGAAUUUGAAUUUUUGGGUGAACCACCCCUUUAAAGCCAGUUGCAGAAGAUAUACCAAAUGCUGCCUAAUUUAUACAGUGGCAAGAAAAAAGUAUGUGAACCCUUUGGAAUUAACUUAUUUUCUGCAUUAAUUGGUCAUAAAAUUCAAUCUCAUCUUAGUCACAUGUAUAGACAAACACAAUUUGCUUACAGAGCACAAACAACUAUAAUCUUUCAUGUCUUUAUUGAACACAUCCGUUAAACAUUCACAGUGCUGUGGAACAAGUAAGUGAACCCUUAUAUUUAAUAACUGGCCGAUCCGGGCAUACAUCCACCCUGACAUUGUCCUGUAAGGUAUCUUGAUAAAUUUGAGAAUUCAUUUUUCCCUCGAUGAUGGUCCCUCCACCGUACUUCACCCUUGGGGUUUUCAUGUUGGUAUACUAUGCCCUUUUUACUCCAUAUGUAGUGCUGCGUGUGCUUCCCAAAAAAAAAAUCUACCUUAGAUUCAUCAGUCCACAAAACGUUUCCGGGUAGCUUUAUGGAGUGCCAAGGUGGUCUUUAGCAAACUUCAGGCAUGCAACAAUGUUUUUGUUGGAAAGCAGCUUCUUCCUUUGUCUGAUCCUGCCAUGUACACCAUGCCAGUUUAAUGUUUUACAUAUAGUCAAAUUACAGAGAUUUUAAAACCAGUUCCAAUGAUUCUUUCAAUUCUUAAGCUGUCAUUCUUGGCUUCUUUUUUACCUCAUUGAGCAUGCUGCGUGCGGUGUGUCCUUUGAAUCAUCUUGGCUGGAUGGCUAUUUCUAGGGAGAGUAGCCACAGAAUAAGAUGUUUCAUUAAUUGGAUGACUGGUGGUGGUUUGCCAACUCCUGACUCAAAUUAGCUUUUGUUGAUGUCAUUAGCCUAGGGGUUCACAUACUUUUUCCAACACAAGCUGUGAACGUUUGAAUGAUGUGUUCAAUAUGUACCAGUACAACACAAUAAUUUGUGUGUUAUUAGUUCAGUUGGAUUGUGCUUGUUCAUUAUUGUGACUUGGAUGAAGAUCAAACCAGAUUUUAAGACAAAUUUACACAUAAAUGCAGGUAAUUCCAAAGGGUUCACAUAUUUUUUCUUGCCACUGUAAAUGUAUAAUAUACAGGUAUGAAAUAUUUAUGUAUUUCUUAAGGUGUAAAACACUUAAUUUCUCCAUACCUUAUAAAAUUGGCACAAUUUCCUCAGAAAGAGAUAAUAAUAUGGGUCCUCCAAAACAAUUUUUAUAUAUAAUUUUUUAUUAUUUUAUAUUUAAAUAUUUUAAAUUAUAUGCCUUGUGUUCUGUAAUUUGU